GCCUGCGGCGGGCAGGGCGGGCUGCCGCGGGGGCCUGGGCGAGCCCAUCGCGCUGUGUGCGGAGGGAGGGUGGGAGGACGGACGGACGGACCGACCGGCGGGCGGGGGGAGCCGCCGCCAGCCGGGUGUGCGGCGACCUGAUCGCUGUCCAACAUGGUCGCCGCUCACACCUCCCAUGCCUCAUCCUCCGGCGAGUGGAUCGCUUGCCUGGAUAAAAGGCCUUUGGAACGUUCCAGUGAAGAUGUAGAUAUAAUAUUCACACGACUGAAGGAAGUGAAGGCUUUUGAGAAAUUUCAUCCAAACCUUCUCCAGCAGAUAUGUCUCUGUGGAUAUUACGAAAAUCUGGAAAAAGGGAUCACAUUAUUCCGUCAGGGUGAUAUUGGGACGAACUGGUAUGCUGUUCUGACAGGAUCACUGGAUGUGAAGGUUUCUGAUACAAGCAACCACCAGGAUGCUGUGACAAUAUGCACGCUGGGAAUAGGAACUGCUUUUGGAGAGUCCAUUCUGGAUAACACUCCUCGCCAUGCCACCAUUGUUACCAGAGAAUUUAGCGAGCUCCUUCGAAUUGAGCAGAAGGACUUUAAAGCACUUUGGGAGAAAUAUCGACAGUAUAUGUCUGGACUUCUCACUCCUCCUUAUGGUGUUAUGGAAACCAGCUCCAACAAUGACAGAAUGCCAGAUAAGGACAGUAUGUCAAGCAGUGCUCUUUGUCAAGUUUCUAAAAAUUGUAAUAAGACACCUCUUAUUGAACCUCACAUCCCACAUCGUCCUACUAAAACCAUUACACAGGUUCCUUCAGAAAAGAUCCUCAGAGCUGGAAAGAUUUUACGGAAUACAAUUCUGUCCCGAGCCCCUCACAUGAUAAGAGAUCGUAAAUACCAUCUGAAGACUUACAGGCAAUGCUGUGUGGGGACAGAACUAGUUGACUGGAUGAUGCAGCAAAGUCCUUGUGUCCAUUCACGAACCCAGGCUGUUGGCAUGUGGCAAGUAUUGCUGGAAGAAGGUGUUCUUAACCAUGUGGAUCAGGAACACCACUUUCAAGACAAAUACUUAUUUUAUCGAUUUUUGGAUGAUGAGCGUGAAGAUGCCCCUUUGCCAACUGAGGAAGAGAAAAAGGAGUGUGAUGAGGAGCUACAGGACACCAUGCUGCUUCUGUCUCAGAUUGGGCCAGAUGCUCAUAUGAGGAUGAUUCUCAGAAAACCGGCUGUCCAAAGAUUCAACUGUGCUGUUAAUUCUUUUGGCACCGCACAUUGCAGACAGUGGGGUAUGGAACUGCGCACUAGCCUAUUCUUAAUGCCUGGCCAGAGAACUGUAGAUGACUUAGAAAUUAUAUAUGAAGAACUUCUUCACAUUAAGGCCUUAUCUCAUCUUUCUACCACAGUAAAGCGAGAAUUAGCAGGUGUCCUCAUUUUUGAGUCACAUCCCAAAGCAGGAACGGUCUUGUUUAAUCAGGGAGAAGAAGGUACUUCGUGGUACAUCAUCCUGAAGGGAUCAGUAAACGUAGUCAUUUAUGGCAAGGGUGUGGUAUGUACUUUACACGAAGGAGAUGAUUUUGGCAAGUUAGCGCUUGUGAAUGAUGCUCCCAGAGCAGCAUCCAUUGUUCUGCGUGAAGACAACUGCCACUUCUUGAGAGUAGACAAGGAGGACUUCAACAGGAUCCUUAGGGAUGUGGAAGCAAAUACAGUAAGACUCAAAGAACAUGACCAAGAUGUCUUGGUGUUGGAGAAGAUCCCAGCAGGAAACAGAGUUUCUAAUCAAGGAAAUUCACAACCUCAGCACAAGUAUAUUGUGAUGUCAGGAACCCCAGAGAAAAUUUUAGAGCACUUUCUAGAAACUAUGCGCCCUGAAGCAACUUUAAAUGAAGGAACAGAUUCUGUUUUAAGUGAUUUUAUUAUGAUGCACUGUGUUUUUAUGCCAAAUAGUCAGCUCUGCCCAGCCUUGAUGGCACACUAUCAUGCCCAGCCUUCCCAGGGUACAGAGCAGGAGAAAAUGGAUUAUGCCCUCAACAAUAAAAGGCGAGUCAUUCGACUGGUUCUGCAGUGGGCUGCUUUAUAUGGAGAUUUACUACAAGAAGAUGAAGCAGCGAUGGCAUUUUUGGAGGAAUUUUACGUGUCUGUAUCAGAUGAUACUAGAAUGAUUGCAGCACUAAAGGAGCAACUUCCAGAGCUAGAGAAAAUUGUAAAGCAAGUUUCUGAAGAACCUAAAGCACCACAAAAGAAGCACAAAGUUCUCCUGCAGCUGUUUAACACAAGUGAUGACAGAUCACAGAAACGCCAGCCUAUCAGGGGCAGCGAUGAAGUUCUGUUUAAGGUGUACUGCAUAGACCAAACCUAUACCACUAUCCGGGUGCCAGUGUCUUCCUCUGUGAAGGAAGUGAUCAGUGCAGUAGCAGAUAAGCUGGGUUCUGGAGAAGGCCUCAUCAUAGUAAAGAUGAGCUCAGGAGGAGAAAAAGUUGUGCUCAAACCUCAUGAUGUUUCCGUGUUUACAACUCUCAGUGUUAAUGGACGGCUGUUUGCUUGCCCACGUGAUCAGUUCGAUUCAUUGGCACCGUUACCAGAACAAGAAGGACCAUCUACUGGUACAGUGGGAACGUUUGAGCUGAUGAGCUCCAAAGACUUAGCACAUCAGAUGACAAUUUAUGACUGGGAGCUCUUCAACUGUGUGCAUGAGCUGGAAUUGAUCUAUCACACUUUCGGAAGGCACAAUUUUAAGAAGACCACAGCAAAUCUGGACUUGUUUUUAAGAAGAUUUAAUGAAAUUCAGUUCUGGGUGGUCACAGAGAUUUGUCUUUGCUCUCAACUCAGCAAGCGUGUUCAGCUGCUAAAGAAGUAUAUUAAGAUAGCAGCCCACUGUAAAGAAUAUAAAAAUCUGAAUUCCUUUUUCGCUAUUAUUAUGGGACUGAGUAAUGUUGCUGUGAGCCGUCUCUCGUUAACAUGGGAGAAACUUCCAAGCAAGUUCAAGAAGAUCUAUGCAGAGUUUGAAAGCUUAAUGGAUCCAUCAAGAAACCAUAGGGCCUACAGACUAACUGUAGCUAAAUUGGACCCUCCAAUAAUUCCUUUCAUGCCACUACUUAUAAAAGACAUGACGUUUACUCAUGAGGGGAACAAGACAUUCACUGAUAAUCUAGUAAACUUUGAAAAAAUGCGCAUGAUUGCCAACACUGUCAGGACGGUGAAAUUCUGCCGAAGCCAAUCUUUCAAUCCCGACGCAGCCCUAACUAAUAAGAACCAUCAGGAUGUUCGGAGCUAUGUGCGGCAAUUAAAUGUGAUUGACAACCAGAGAACUUUAUCACACAUGUCUCACCGACUAGAACCGCGUCGAGCAUAAACAUUUGAAGCAAUGAUGAGAAAUGAUCUUUUAUCCUGUCAAGGUCACUUGUUAAGAACUUCACUUUCUCUGCUACCGCACUGCCACUACAGAACUAAGCAAAAACAUAUUCUAAGAUCUUAGGCAACGCACAAUGUACCAGCCUGUCAGAGAACUUUGGCUGAGGAAGAAUUUAUGCACUGUAGCUGUAUGGGUGGCCAUGUUGUGAACUGUUGAUUCUUCUUAAAUUGUAGUAAAUGAUUUCUCACAUGGAUUAAAAAAAGACAAAAGAUAAAAUAGAAUAGUUAGUGAAAAAUGCACAAAAAAGCUUCUAACAAUUCUAAGAGAGGCAGUGUUUUUCUCCCUAAUUAAAAAUCUGCGUUUUAUGACUUAUUCUCCAGGUCAGGACCAAAACUGAUCAUGAGUUUAGCUUGCCCAGCUACUGUUGACCUCAGUAGAAGAUGUAUGUAUGCAUCUGAUGAAGGGAUGUAGGUUCAAGAGAGGUCCAAGGGAUAGAUCCAUUCAGAGAAGACUUGCAAAUAUUUCCAUUUGAAAUACAACAGAUACUAAGAAAAAUGUCUAAUCUUAAUCAUACUGCCUACUACUGCAAGCAGUGUGGCCAUUUCAGAAAGCUGACAGGACUGAAAAUAUUUUAAAUGAUAAAUAGAUUAAUCUGUGUUUACAUUUUACUUUUUUAAAAUUACCAAUCAGGUUUUUACAAAAUUCCAUUACAACAGUAAGGUUGUCAAAAUCAAUAGCAUAAAGGUAGCAAAGGACUGGUUCAAACAGAGCACAAUAUGCACAAACUGAUUUCAAGAGAAUAAGACAUUAAUUCAAGGCAUUAAUACCUUAAAAUUCAGCUAUAAUUAUUGGUGGCUGGUCAACACAUAUUUUCUGGUCUUAAGCAUUUACAACUAUCUUAAUUUUCAGCCAAUUGUUUUGCACUUUCAAUAGACUGUAAAUAAAUGUUAAUUCAUUAUGUUCCAGAAUAUUUAUUUAUGUAAUAGCUAUUGUGCCAAAAUAAUUCAGUUUUAUUUAUUUUGUUUAGCAUGUUAUGGGAGAGCAGCUUUUGUCUUUAUACUUUGUGCAUUUUAUGUGUAGGAAUUGUGUGAUGUAUGUUUGCUGUAAAUAACACACAGUACCUUAUUAAAUGUAAUUGCCGGAAA